AUGCCUGACAAGCCACUCACAAAAACUGUUGCGAGAACUCCUGGUGGCGUGGUCUUCAAAGCACGUUCAGGUGAAGGAAAACACUCAACCCCUGGCUUUGCAAUUGUCUCCACCAGACCGGCCGGCAGUCCAAACGGCGCGGCCACCGUCGCCAACGGGAACGGCGCCCCGGGGAAGAAAAAGCUGCUCUCCUCCGUGCGCGGGUGGCUGCUUUACAAAUCGGCCCUGGAGCUCAUGGACGACAACCAACGUAUUCGCGACGGUGAAACUACGAAAAACUACGACAAAUGAUCGAUCUGCUCCCUUCAUAUUUUAAUGCUCACGGUGGUGGAGGAAUGCUUGCUACUAGGACUGUGGUGCUGGUGGUGGUUCUGUGGUAGUGCCUUGAUUGACAGAGGAACGUUAUAUUGGAUCGAAGCCUAUUCCUUAGGCAACGUGGUGUAAAUAUGUUAUGCCUAGUGGUGUGCAGCACUUCCUGAUUAUUUUGUUAUUUAUAUUGUAUCAAGGAUGUUUGAUGUUUUGGCUUGGAGAGAAUGAGAGUUUUAUUAAAGAUGGAACUGUGAUAUGAUGUCUAAAAAAA